UUCGCAAACACAGACUUGUUUCGCCAGCACAGCUACAUACAGCUUGGAGACCUGCACAAUGACUGGUUCCAAUUUGGACUGUUCCCAACCGCUAGUGUAGGAUUGUGUGCCCAAGAUGGCGCUAACGUGGGCUCAUCGCUGUGUGUUGUGGGCUUCGAUGUCCGCAUGUCUGACUGCAUAUAUCAUCAACGCGUGGUUCAUGAGGGAAACAACUUGGCUAUGCCGUGCUGUAGCAGGUGUGUUUGUUACAUGUGGUGGCCUUUCCACGAUGAUUGCGUUUCACAUCUCAACACUGCGAUGUUCCGAGACUCACACUCUGAUGACUCUCCUCGUGGAAUACACAUACUACCAGUCAAUUGCUCUGUUUGGCCCACUGACUGUUUCUAAGCUAACGAAAGCCUGGAAAGAGCCGCGCAAAGCGCAGGAAACUUUUCUUAUGGAGCUAAUCUCCCGUGAUGCGAAUACCGAGUACGGCAAACGAUAUUUGAGAGGCAUUCAAUCAUUGCAAGAUUUCCGAGACAAACAUCCACUCACCAAGUAUGACCACUACCAGGAUUACUUCCAGAGACUGGCGGACGGAGAGAAGAACGUUUGUGUGGCGACCAAAGUGGAAAGGUUUGGACUGUCUUCGGGUACCACGGGCAAGGGAAAGCUUAUCCCACUGGUGAUCUCGAAGAGUGGAGCUGUCGCAGGAUUCGUGUAUUUCCGACGCUUGGCAAAGUUCAGUCCAGUGCAAAAGAUGGUCACGGUGUAUUGCAAACCUGCCCACAAGUUCACAAAAUCAGGACUGCUCAUUGCACCAACAUCAUUUAUCCAGGAAAGCAGAGCCUCGAAGUUCAUGACGGGUUCUGUUUUGAACACACCUUUUCCUGCUUUCCAAAUCUCUACAGACUUCGAAGCCUCCUAUGUUCACCUUCUGUUUGCUCUCGCGGACAAAAACAUUUUCAUGUUCACAGCACCAUUUGCGUCGCAGGUUUACAGGGCGUUUGCAGUACUUGAGGACAAAAAAGACAUGUUGUUGGCGGAUUUGUCUCAAGGCAAGAUCAAUCCUAGCUUGAACCUAGAUGAAGACAUUCGACGGUCCCUGAAUGCUGCAUUGAAGCCCAACCCAGCUAGGGCUGACGAGCUGAGAGCGGAGUUUGCUCGAGGCUUUGUAAGCAUCGCUAGCCGGAUCUGGCCGCAUCUUGAGUGUAUUCUCACAAUCGACGUUUCUGAGUACAUGAAGAAGCUCGAGGAAAAGUACGCCAAAGGUACCAAGUUAUUCACAUCCUCCUACACCUGCACCGAAUGCUUGUCCCUGGGGAUCAACCUGUGGAUGGAUGGGAGAACUCAACAGUAUGUCCUAUUGCCUGGUGAAGUCAUGCUGGAGUUUAUCCCAGAGGAAUUCAGUGUGGAGGAUGAUCCUGAGACGUUGUUAAUUGAUGAGGUCGAGGUUGGCAAGCGCUACGAGAUUGUACUAACAACCAUAUCUGGGUUUUACCGCUACCGCAUGGGCGACGUAGUGGAGGUUGUUGGCUUCUAUGAGAAAUGUCCUGUGAUUCAGGUGAAAUACAGAACGGGCGAGCUACUCAAUUUACGCAGCGAGAAGAUUGACAAGCAUGUCGUGAACAACGCCAUACAGGAAAGCUUGGGAAACUGGCCAGGAGUCACACUCGUGGAAUGGACAUGCGCAGAAAGUCCACUGCUUUACGAAGAUCAAGACGGUGUCGCGUUUGACAUGUUCUACCUGCUGUUCAUCGAGUUUGAAUCAGUAAAAACUUUACGUCUAUCAGAAGAGCAAAAAUCAUUGUUCGAUAAGUCCCUCCGUAAACAGCACGAGUUUUACGACAACUAUCGGCAGGUUGGCACCAUCAGCGAAGCUCGAGUGAUGAUCGUUUUCCCAGGAUCCUUCAAGAAGUUUCAAGACUUCAUCAUAGCGAACUCGACGGCUAGUUAUAACCAGUUCAAGAUGCCAAAAAAGCUACGGUCCAAAGCUACUGUAGACUUUCUCGUGAAGUUAGUUGUAGACAUGUAACUCUUACUCUUGCUCCAAAAUAACUGGGGUGAAAUUAUCCGUUUCAAAUAUUCCCCCUGUUUACUUUUCAUGAUUGUAUGAUUUUUUUUAACAUUCCUGAGUAUCGAAAUGUCAGCUGAUAACUUUAAUCUUGUUUUGACAUCAAAAGAGAAAACCUGCAGUUGCACCAUGCGAGAAAACUCUUUCUGGGAGUGAAUGGACUAAUUUUGAGCGGAACCGAUGAACUUACUCAACGUUUCAGACAGUAUGUUUUGACCAGGUCCGGGUUCAGUGUUCCAUGAGCCCUAUUCACCAGUGUUAUGCACGCCUUACCUUGCUCUACAGUUACAAGCAGGGAUUUCAUAGGGUUGCUGAGCACUGGAGCGUACUAUUUCAUUUUCAUCGCAAUAUGGAGUAAACAAUGAAAUAGCUCACAAAAUAAAACUAAAUCAGAAAUGAGACAACGAAAAUUUUGUUCUGUGCCAGAUUUUUAUUUUUUUUCUGCACACAACUGCGGUUUUUUAACGUAAGCGUUCAAGCUUUUCGUGGGCACCUUAAUUUUUCGCAGGCCCUAUAGGCUCUUAGCCUAUUUGAACUCUUCGAUAAUCCAACCCUGGCUGUGUCUAUUAUCAGAGUCCUGAAUACGAACUGGGCAAUUUUUAGAAAUGGUCCAGUUCGUCUUCAGGACACUGAAAAUAGAUUGAUGAUAGGCGGGUUUAGUGUAAUCCUAGUGCUUCUUUUCUGAACCUAAAUCACUUCCAAAAAUUUAAGAAGAAUUACAUUAUUAAAAUUGACUGGAUAGACACAAUCUGUGUCUUGUGUUGAGGCAUUACAUCAUGAACAAUGAGAUACACUCUCAACCGUUAGGUUCAUCGUUCUACUUGUAAAUAUCCUGAAUAUUUUCAUUUGCCGCGCUUGUAUAUUCUGUUUCACUUUCGGUUACGAUUACAUAUUUUCAUUUAAAGUGAAACGCUCAUUUAAUUUUACUAAUGUGCCUUGUUUAUUUUCAUCCAAACUCUGUCCAUAUUAUUUUCAUUUCAUUAUUUUUUGUCUUUUUUACUCAUUUGUGUGUUUAUGUUAAUUGUGCGGCUUAAGUUUUAUUAUUUAUUAUUUUCUGUAUUUUUCUUUUAACCGCUGCACAGGACCGAUUUUUCCAUGUUAAUGCCCGGACGCUGUCAUAUGAGUAUCAGCUGAAUUCACUGCACAGAGCCUACUUUUUACACCCAUUGCACCAAGGUGAUCAUUUUGAGAUCACUUCCGUUAUAACCACAAAAAUGUGACACCCCCAACACAAUGAAACUACUCAGACAGCUGUCUACAGCUCAGAUACACAUAAGAGAGACCGACCAUUGAUAUAAGACAGGCCCAGGCUUUCCCAGGCUUUCCAAGGCUUGCCCAGGCACUUUCUUUGUCAAUAACCCCUUAUCAGCACGUGGUUUAGAUAUUAGUCCCAUACGUACAUUCUAAUGAAAAAUCACAGUAUUCUUACUUUCAUUAUGUUUGUUUCGUUUGAAAUCGCUGAUAUGUGUGUAUAGGUUCUAUUGGUUUGUAUAAGAAUUAAAACAGUGUGCAUGAAAAGAUCUAUACCGUCAUUACUUGAGGACAAUACAACGAUACAUUAUUCGUGAAGAGUUGGACAAACAUACACUAUAAAGAACAGAAUAUAUAGGGUAGACAGGAUACAAAGGAAAAACAAUCGGGAAGAUGGAAACAGAGAAUUCGGUUUUUUAGAAAACAAACUGGGUACUGGUGAAAUUAAAAAGUAAAAUUCAAGGGCAAUUCUCUUUCCCUGCAAGAACUUAUUUGUCGAGUUCCAAAAUGACUGGUUACACGUCAAUAAUCGAUCUGAGGCAUUCUCAGCAGAAAGUUGAUUUGUGAUCUUUCAGUCAUACAAGCUAAACACAUAUGAAAUUCUUGUCCUGGUGUAUAAGCAUUAAAACAACAGUGAUUAACAGAGCUUUCUAUUGAGUUAUACAGCCUUGUUCACCCGGAUAACGAUGACUUUACUAUGUGGUCGUUCGUUAACUCAUUGUUUGACUCAAAACGAAAUGGAGCGGAAAGUAAUCGACGAUUGAUUGAAUCACCGGUUGAAAUACACUUUGAUUACCACAUUGUUACAAUUACAAACAUUAUGUGUCUUUCAAGAUUGAGGAACUCCAGUUUACAAAAAAACAAAUGGCUGUUGAUUACCCUCA